ACAACAUCAUAAUGUGUUUAUUUCCUCAAUCAGUGUAAAUAAAUCAGAUUUCUCUGUUUCUUCUCCUGAAGCUCUGCCACCAUCAGUGAAAGACAAACACAGAGUUUAUUGAAGGACAGUGAGAAGAUGAGUGAUCCAGAACCCUGCAGAAUUAAACAGGAAGAGACUGAAGAGCUAAUAGGUGUGAAGGUGAAGGAGGAGAGAGAAGAUCUGAGUGAAGGUGAGGAGAAACAUCAUGUCAAGAGGGAAGAAGAAACUCAAUCAAAGACUGAAGAUAGUUUUUCAGUGGAAAGAACAGCUGUGAAAGGUUUGACCUGCACUCAGUGUGGAAAGAGUUUCAGGCACAAAUGCUAUCUCGAGCGUCACAUGAGGAUACACACUGGAGAGAGACCUUACCAGUGUUCACACUGCGACAAGAGAUUCAGUCUUUCAGGAAACCUGAAAACACACAUGCUGAUCCACACUGGAGAGAAAACACACAGAUGUGAUCAGUGCAGCAAAACAUUUUUGAGGGCUUCAGAGCUGAAGAGCCAUCUCAGAGUUCACACAAACGAGAGGCCUUAUUCAUGCUCUGAGUGUGGACAAAGUUGUACACAGAAGUCACAUUUAAAAGAGUAUCAGAUCCACACUGGUGUAAAAGAGUUUGUGUGCUUUGACUGUGGGAAGAGUUUUAUUAGAGCUGCAGACUUGAGACGGCAUAAGAUGAUUCACACUGGAGAGAAACCAUUCACAUGUACUCAGUGUGGGAAAGGUUUCACACAACUGUCACACCUUAAAGAACACCUGCUGAUCCACACUGGAGAGAAACCACAAAGAUGUGAUCAAUGCAGCAAAACUUUUUUAAGGGCUUCAGAGCUGAACAGACAUUUUAAAGUUCACACAAACGAGAAACCCUACUCAUGCUCUGAGUGUGGAAAGAGUUUCAGAUAUCAGUCACAUUUAAAAGAGCAUCAGAAGAUUCACACUGGUGUGAGGGAGUUUGUGUGCUCUGAGUGUGAGAAGACAUUUAUUAAAUCAGCAGACUUGAGACGACACCAGAGGAUUCACACUGGAGAGAAACCUUACAAGUGUUCACACUGCGACAAAACAUUCAGACAUUCAGGACACUUGAAAGUACAUGAGAGCAGCCACACUGGAGAGAAAAAUCCUGAAUUCAAAAAGCAGAAUGAAAUUUCUCUUCCUGUAAACUCUACUCUGUAUUCACACACACCAGAUUUCUCAGUUAUACAUUAUAAAUAGUCCUAUUUUGAUUUCGGGGUCUCCAACAACAGGCUGAUUUGAACACAAGCUCAAAGAACACUGUUCUUGUCUUAUAAUAUGCAUUUAUUUUUACCUAAUGAUCCCAACGACUCCCAUAUGAUUUUGUUCACGAUUCAUUUUUUCCAAACCCUUCCUUUGUGUGACGCUAAUCUGUGGUGAUUAGUCUGAUGACCCAGUCUGUUGUGAUUGGUCGACCGUGUUCAAUGCAAGACUGAUAGGAAACGCCCACCAUGGCUUAUCAUUAUACUGGAGCAACUAUGACAUCAGUUUGUAUGCCGUAAGCAGUUAGCAUGUUAGCAGUUCUGGUUCACUCGUCCCAGAGUCAGUGGGUUUUUUGAAUGGGAUUUUGGUUAAAUGGCUUAAAUAAGGUUGGUGGCAAACACAAACUCAAGAUACUUUCACGUUUUAUUCUACGACACUAACACAUCACUCUUGACUUUUUAAAUCGGUUCCGCUUCUGUAAAAAGACGGUUGCUCAAUGGGUCUACAGGAGAUGUCGGACUCAUUAUACGUCAUCGAGCUGAACUGGUCUGGAACGAAGCCCGCUUUUACAGCUUGUGUUGGGCGUUUGGAUUUGUCUGUUUUUUGGUUAAGUGUUUUCGUAAGUAGUGUUUUAUAGUUUGUAGUGUUUAUCGAAUUGGGGAUUCAUAUUGUGUGUAGAUAAUGCCUUCACUUGUAGAGACCGUCAUGACAGAUUCAUUUGUUGAUCAUUUAUUUUAAUAAAAUGAAAUUAUGAAGAUA